AUGGUGAUUGAAGCAAUCAUAGAAUUAAUUUUUAAACAUUGCAAUUCACUCGAUUAUAUUUGCUUUGAUGUCAGAAGGUUCCCAAUAAUUUUUAAUAAUAUAUUGACAAAAUGUUGUAUGCUUCAUAAUUCUAUGAACGAUCCAUCAUGUUUUCGACGAUUAACAACUUUGGAAUAUCAUGGCGUUGGUUCAAAUUAUACUAUUCCUGAAUGCAUCGUUCUGGAUCUUUUAUUCUCCUUAUCAGGAGUUUGUCAAAAUCUUACUUACCUGAAGAUAAGAUCUUUCGCUGCUCCAACUUGCGAUUCUUUGGCAACUUUAAUUCAAUCUCAAAGAGGUCUUCGUAAGUUACUUUUAUGGGAACUAAAUCUACAUGAUAUAUCAUGUAUUAUCGAAGCUAUUGGUAGUCAAGCACACAGUAUAAGAGAAAUUGAAUUAUUUCAAUGUUCAUUUGAACUUUGUGAUUCUUUUGAAGGAUUAGCUUGUUGUCAUCAUUUAAAUACUCUAUCAAUAAUACAAUGCGAUUAUUUGACAUCGAAUCUUUUAGAAUCAUUAGAAAAUGCUCACUUUCCUUACAUUGAAAAAUUAGAACUAAAAUAUUUUAAUUAUUCAUUAACUGAUUUGAAUCCUGAAGAUAUUCCAUCUAAUCAAGUAAAAAAUAUUAUAAAGAAUUGUAGUGAUAAUCUUCAAUAUCUUUAUACUAAUCUUAAAUUAGAUGAUUAUUUUGGUAUUAUCGAAUCAAUUUCAACUUAUUGUACAUUAAUUACUAGCCUAGAACUAAAUAUGCAAAGAGCUGAACAAAUACAUGACCUUUUACCUAUAUUAGAAUCAUGUCAAAAAUUAGAGAAAUUGAUAAUUCAACCUAUUCAACCAAUAAGAUUUUUUCCAAUAUAUUAUAGUGUUUCUAACGAUCAAAUUCGAUGGUUUGCAUCAAAAUUACCAUCAAGUAUUCGACAUCUUGAAAUAAGAUAUUGGACUAUUCAUGCUCAAGAUUUAGAAGAUAUACUUUCAAUAUGUGGUCGAAGUCUGUAUUAUAUAGCAUGGGGAUUUUCUGAUGUUAAAGUUGUAGGUGAUCAAAAAUAUUUUACUCAAGUUAUUACUGAGCAUUGUAAGAAAGAGUCAAGAAAAAUUAAAAAAAUAGGUACUCCACAAUUCUUUUGUGAUAUUGAUGACAAUCAUAAAAAUAAAGGAACUGUUUAUGUAGAGUUUUAA